UUUUUCCAAUUUUUUAACGUUGUAAUUUACAUUAUAAAAGGGAACCCAUACUACCUAUUUUCCACAGAUAAAUCGUUUCAAGUCUUUUAGCUAAGCUUGCAGAUAUGGAGUUCAACAUCAUGAGAAUCCUGUUCAUAUUUCUGCUCUCAAUUAUCUUGGUUGCAGGACCAACCAAUGGGAGAAAGAGUCCAGGAGAUUAUUGGAGAGAGAUAAUGAAGGACCAACCUAUUCCAGAAUCAAUCAAAGAUUUUUUAAAUCAGAAUCAGAAGGGAGAAUCCACUAAAGUUUUAAACAAAAAAUUUGAUCCAUCACCCAACGCCAUGCGCUACGGGCAUUAUGUCCUUGCAGAAGAGGUGAAACACCAAAGUGCAUAUUACAAUGUUGAAGGCCUAACUGAUAAAAAGGAAGAAGCAAUCAAAGGUUUUAAUAAAGAAUUUGAUCCAUCGUCUAAUGCCAUGCGUUACGGACAUUAUGUCCUUCCAAAAGAGGUUCAAGGCCUAACCGAUAAGAUGGGAGAAGCAAUUAAAGGUUUCAACAAAGAAUUUGAUCCAUCUCCUAAUGUCAUGCGUUAUGGGCAUUAUGUUCUUGCAAAAGAGGUUGAAGGCCUAGCUAAUGAGAAGGCAGAAGCAACAAUUAAAGAUUUUAACAAAGAAUUUGAUCCAUCACCCAAUGUCAUGCGUUACGGGCAUUACGUUCUUCCAAAAGAGGUAGAAAGCGCAACUGAUGAAAAGGGAGAAGCAACUAAAGGUUUCAACAAAGAAUUUGAUCCAUCGCCCAAUGUCAUGCGUUAUGGGCAUUAUGUCCUUGCAAAAGAGGAAGAAGGCCUAACUGAUAAGAAGGGAGAAGCUACUAAAGGUUUCAACAAAGAAUUUGAUCCAUCAUCCAAUGCCAUGCGUUACGGGCAUUAUGUCCUUGCAAAAGAGGUUGAAGGCCUGAGUGAUGAGAAGGAAGAGGCGGCUAAAGUUUUCAACAAAGAAUUUGAUCCAUCACCUAACGUCAUGCGUUAUGGGCAUUAUGUCCUUCCAAGACAGUUUGAAUCAAUGGCCAAUCUUGAUGAACAGGCUGAAGGCCUAAGUGAUGAGAAGCGGGAAGCAAUGAAAGGUUUCAACAAAGAAUUUGAUCCAUCGUCCAAUGUCAUGCGUUACGGACAUUAUGUCCUUUAAAAGAUGUCAAACCCCAAAAAUAAAGAUUACAACAUAUUUACUUCACGAGAAGCUAGCAUCUAUCAAGUCAGUUGCGCUACUGAUGCAUAAAUCGUAUUUUAUGGGCCGAUGUUUGUAUUUCUGGUUUAGUUUUUUGUGGGCUGAUGUCUGUAUUUCUGGUUUAUAACACAUCUUUAUUUUAAUGCUUUUCUACUUGCUAAGUCCAUGUUUUUAUAGGGUCUAUCCCUAAAUAUAACUAUGGUAAUAAACUUCAUUUCCAUGUUUGUUUUA